AUGGACUUCUGGAGAAGAUCGGCGGGCAGAUCAAGAAUAGAAAGAAUUCGUAAUGAAAGAAUAAGAGAGAUAAUGGGUGUCAAAAGUAACAUCGUGAAUGACAUCCGAACUAAACAGCUCAUAUGGUUCGGCCAUGUACAGAGGAUGCCGGACAAUAGAAUUCCGAAGAAAAUCUUUAAAUGGACCCCACAAGGACGUAGAAGAAGAGGAAGACCUAGAAAAAGUUGGAGGGAAGGCGUCGACAAAGAGAUGAGAGACACCGGCCUAGGCGAAGAACUAUGGAGAGACCGGGCCGAAUGGCGAUUAGAAAUCGGAAGACGUCGGAGAACGUGGAUAGGAACAUUAGCCUUGAAAAUAUCCUUUAGUCUUCCAUCGGCCGCCCAUGCGGGAGUGAGUCUUCUAUUCAGUUCUGACGUCUGA